CUUCCUGUUUCUGUCCUCCGGGAUAAUCGUUUAGGACCCUGGGUUGGUGGGGUGGGAAGGAGCAGGGGCUCCUUCUUCCGGGACCGCUGGGGCUCCUAGGGGUGCGGGGCGCCUGGGGUGCAGCCCCCAGAACAGAUUUCUGAUCCCUAACCUUGCUGUGAUCAUUGUGAUGGAACAAGAAAAAGAAUUGUUGGUCUCAUAUUCUAAUGGCUUCAUGGAGAAGGAGAGUUUGAAAAGCCCCUUCACAGGAGAUGAAAGUAAGAAUAAUUUGGGAACUGUUCAACAUAAUAAUCCUAAGCCAGAUAAACUUAAAGAGAGAGCUUCAAAAUGGUCUAAAAGAAAUGGCCCACAAAAUUGUAAGCAUGAGGAUGCAAAAGAAAUGCCAUUGACUUGGUCCCAAGGAGAUGACAUUUGGUGUCAAGAUUCCUAUGAGAAUAAAAUCAAGUCAGAGAAUUGGGGAAAUUCUAUAGGGAAAGAGGAGGAAAAACCCAAUCACCAGGAAUGGGACCCAGGAAAACAUGCCAGUGCUUCUGUCCAGCAGAAUUCAUCCUUUGAAGACAAACCCUACAAAUGUUCUGAAUGUUGGAAAAGCUUCAAUAAUAGUUCCCAUUUGCGUACUCACCAGAGGACCCACUCGGGAGAAAAGCCUUACAAGUGCUCUGAGUGUGGGAAGUGCUUUUGUAACAGUUCUCACCUGAUUCAGCAUCUAAGAAUGCACACAGGAGAGAAGCCUUACCAGUGUGGUGAAUGUGGGAAAAGCUUCAGCAAUACCUCUCAUCUUAUUAUCCACCAGAGAACUCACACGGGAGAGAAACCCUAUAAGUGUCCUGAGUGUGGGAAGAGUUUCAGUAGCAGCUCUCACCUUAUUCAGCAUCACAGAUCACAUACAGGUGAAAAACCAUAUGAAUGUCCUGUUUGUGGAAAAGGUUUCAGCCACAGCUAUGUCCUAAUAGAACAUCAGAGGACUCACACUGGAGAAAAACCUUAUAGGUGCCCUGAUUGUGGGAAGAGUUUUAGUCAGAGUUCCAGCCUGAUUCGCCACCAGCGGACACACACAGGUGAGAAGCCCUAUAAAUGUCUUGAGUGUGGAAAAAAUUUUGGUUGUAAUUCUACUCUAAUAAAGCAUCAGAGAAUACAUACGGGAGAAAAGCCCUAUCAGUGUCCAGAAUGUGGGAAGAAUUUUAGUCGAAGUUCAAACCUUAUUACACACCAGAAAACACACACAGGAGAGAAAUCGUAUGAAAGUUCUGAAUGUGAAGAAAUUUUGAGUCAGAACUGCAAUGUGAUGGAAGAAUGCAGAAUCCAGCCAGGAGAGAAACCAUAUAGAUGUUGUGAAUGUGGAAAGAGUUUUGGCCUUAGCUCCCAUCUCAUUAGACAUCAGAGAACACAUACAGGAGAAAAACCUUACAGAUGUUCUGAGUGCUGGAAAACUUUUAGUCAGAGUUCCACGCUGGUGAUUCACCAAAGGACGCACACAGGAGAGAAACCUUAUAAGUGUCCUGACUGUGGUGAAUGCUUCAGUCAAAGCUUUAACCUUAUCAGGCACCGGAGAACCCACAUAGGAGAAAAACCUUACAAAUGUACUGACUGUGAGAAAUGCUUCAGUAGAAGUGCCUACCUCAGUCAGCAUCGGAAAAUUCACAUAGAAAAGUCCUUGGAGUCUCCUGAAGUUGGAGAUUUUCCUCAUGAAUGGACUUGGAAAAACUAUUCAAAGGAAAUACCCCUUAUCCCUUCAUUUUCAGUCUCAAAUUCAUCUUCUUCCUGAGUCCCAAAGCCUUGUUGUUUCCACCCCUCAACCCGUCCCACCCCCGCCAUUGGACCAUUACAGUUAAGGUAUUGGUAUAAGAUCAUUGUGCUACAAAGUUUCUUUGGUGUAUUUGUCAAAACAUUUGGAAAAUGUCAACCUGUCACUUUAGAGGAUGGGAAGAACCAGGUCACCAGGUUAUUGGAUCUUUCCUGUGAGAGAUACUCCCAAGGAUGAAGAAAAAGGAGAAUUUUGUUUUUAUUUAAGGUAAGAUAGAGAUAGCUUCAAAGAAACACAUAAAGAGUGAUCCUAGGAGUAAGAAGUAAAAGGACUUGAGAACUUGAAGCUAGGAUUGUUAUUGCAUUACCUUAUUUUCUUUUGCCUUAUGGGUAAAGAUAAAUCAUUAUUGGUCUCAUGGGUUUACCCAGAGAAAGGAUCUUUUUGAACAAAUCAUGUGAUUUCCUGGAUGUUUUGUUGGGUCUUAAGAAAAAAAGAUUCAUACUUUAAAAUGCAUUCUUAUGUACUUAAAAUUAGCUUUUAUAGCAUCUAGAACUGCACUGUUCAAUAUCAUAGCCUUGAGCCAUAUGUGGCUAUUUAAAUUUAUAUUAAUUAAUUUAUACUUAGAGGAAUGUAAUUUAAAAUCCAAUUCCUUGGUCACACUAGCCACUUGCUAAGUGCUCGGUAGCCACAUGUGACUAGUGGCUGCUGUAUUGGAUAUUAUAGAAGGUUCUUUCUUUCAGGAUCAUCAUUCUUGACUGACUAGUAAAUAUUUCAUAUAAGACUGCAGAAAUAUGCUCUGAGGUUUUUUUUUUUCUCCAAAAGGAAUUGCAAUAUAGAGUAGAAAUGGGAUAGAGUUUUGAAGGUACUGGGUCUAAAGAUUGGAUAUUCUAAUAAUUAUGUGUUAUAAUUUAUGUGCAGCCAACUGGGUUAUCUAGUGACUGCCUUGACCUAAGCCACAAUAGUAGGUAGGAUUCCUGAAUUCUUUUUAUAAGUUUUUGACAAAGAGUCUUUUCCCAGAGUUUUCCCAUCAUGUAAUUCUGGGUAAGCUCAGGAACCAUUUUUUUCCCCUCUAAUAAUUAACCCACUAAUGCUGAGCCACUGUCCAAGAACAGUUUGCCAUUGGACACUGAGAUUCCUUAGCUUCAGUACUGGCAAUUUUCUUUUGCCUCUUAACAUACAUGGUAUAUGGAUCUGAUAACUAGGACAUCACCUUCCCUACUCAUCUGUACUAUGGGGAUAAUGCUUUGGAAAGUUUUAGAUACAUCUAAUUCUCCCUCUCCUAUUUUUUCCUCCUAAUGCAAAAGGUAGAUGGAUAGGAAGGUUAGGACUUCUGAGUUGCCCAGGAUUUCAUGUCACAUUUGGAUGUAAAAUAUAUCUUAUUAAGAAUAUGUAGAGACACAUAUUAGGAAUAUGGCGCCAGUUCUGGUUGCUGCAAAGGGCUGUAGCUGGAGGGUAAUUGGAUUACAUGGGGAUUAUUUCAUUUUUCAUGAUUGUGGUGCACCUGAUGCUGGCAAGGCAAUUGUCUGUUUUUGUGUUGUUUAUUAUUUAAA